CCUGAAUCCAACUGGACAUGCCCUUUCAUAAUAGGAGUUGGUGGAUGAGGGGCGAAUCUCAACUUUGGUGAUGACUUUCAUGAAAUGAACUCGAUUAGUGGUUGGAAUUCCAUCACUUCUUGGCUUGGGUGAAGCUGGCAAGUUAGUCUGAGGCCGAGCAGUAAAUGGCCCAGACUACGCGUCACCCUGGCUGCCUGGGAAUGAGUCAUCGUGGCAGGCCUCAGCUGUUCCUUCUCACCAUCGAAGUAGCCAUAUCCGGAGACAUAGUAUGACUUCUGAUAGUGGAGACACCGGCAUUGGGACUUCCUGUUCGGACAGUGUGGAAGAUCAUUCAACGUCGAGUGGCACAUUAUCUUUUAAGCCUAGUCAGUCAUUGGUUGCUCUCCCUACUGCCCAUGUGAUGCCGUCUAAUUCCAGCACUUCAGCUUCUAAGCCUAGGGAAUCAUUGACACCAGAUGGCCCCAAAUGGAGUCCCAGCCUCAUGCAGACAUGGGGAAGCCACUGUACAGGGGAGCAGGACUCUUCACUAGACAUGAAGGACUUCCGGCCCCUUCGGAAAUGGUCAUCUUUGUCCAAACUCACCAUUCCUGAUCAUGGCAGCCAGCGUGGCGCUGCAUACACCGCGGAGCCAAGGAACGGUUUAGAAAAGAGAGGGAGGGACAAGGCUCUAGCAUCACAGCUAAGGACCCUGGGGCCCAGCUGUCUACAUGAUAGUAUGGAGAUGCUCAAGUUAGAAGACAAGGACUUCAGCAACAGACGGUCAUCAGCUCUGGUGGACUGCAAGUAUAAGUUUGAGAGCUGCAGCAAAGAGGACUUUAGAGCCUGUUCCUCCACUCUUAGGAGACAGACCUUAGACAUGACAUACAGUGCCUUACCUGAAAGCAAGUCCAUCAUGCCGAGCUCAGAGGCUUUGGAGCCUCCAAAAUGUUUAAUGCUUGGUCAACAGGCAGUAGGUGGGGUUCCCAUUCAGCCUUCAGUGCGGACCCAGAUGUGGCUCACGGAGCAGCUGCGGACAAACCCUUUGGAAGGCAGAACUGCAGAGGACUCCUACAGUUUAGGUCCUUGGCAACAGCAGCAAAUUGAAGAGUUUCAACAAGGCAGUGAAACGCCAAGGCCGGUUUUGACUGGAUCAUCUCGACAAAGUUAUUCACCUUCUGGCUAUCAGGAUUUCAGUAAGUGGGAAUCAAUGCUGAAAAUAAAAGAAGGACUUCUAAGGCAGAAAGAAAUUGUAAUUGAUCGACAGAAGCAACAGAUUACCCACCUACAUGAGAGGAUAAGAGAUAAUGAAUUACGGGCACAACAUGCCAUGUUAGGACAUUAUGUAAAUUGCGAAGAGUCUUAUGUGGCUGGUUUGCAGCCACAGUAUGAGAACACUUCACUCCACACUCCAUUUUCAGAGGAGGCAGUGUCUCAAUCCCAGCAAGAGGAACUUGAGCAAAAGCUUGCAUCAACUGAGAAAGAGGUUUUGCAGCUCAAUGAGUUUCUCAAACAGAAAAUAAGCCAAUUUAGUGACGAGAAGAAGAAACUGGAGGAAAAGCUUAAAACCAGAGAUAGGUACAUCAGUAGUCUGAAGAAGAAAUGCCAGAAAGAAUCUGAACAAAACAAAGAAAAGCAGAGAAGAAUUGAGACAUUGGAAAAGUAUUUGGCCGAUCUUCCAACUCUGGAUGACGUACAGCGUCAGAGUCUACAGCUGCAGGUUCUUGAGGAAAAAAAUAAGAAUUUGCAAGAGACUUUAAUAGAUACAGAAAAGGAGCUUGAAGAGAUCAGAAAACAGUGUCAAGAUAAAGAGGCACAGUUGAUAUGCCAGAAAAAGAAAGAAAAGGAGUUAGUAACUACUGUUCAGAGUUUGCAACAAAAAGUAGAAAGAUGCCUUGAAGAUGGAAUCCGCCUUCCCAUGUUAGAUGCAAAACAACUUCAGAGUGAAAACGACAGUCUCAGAGAACAAAAUGAGGCUGCUAGUAAGAUAAUAGACAACCAACAAGAUGAGAUUGAUGGAAUGAUUUUAGAAAUACAGUCUAUGCAAGGAAAACUUUCUAAAGAGAAAUUAACCACUCAGAAAAUGAUGGAAGAGUUGGAAAAGAAGGAAAGAAGCCUCCAGAGAUUAACAAAGGCAUUGCUUGAAAACCAAAGACAGACAGAGGACACAUAUUCAUUGUUGGAUCAGGGCCAGGAAGCAGACCAAUCUAGACAGCCGACAGUUCUCUCCAAACGGCCACUAUUUGAUUUGACUGUGAUUGAUCAGCUGUUCAAGGAAAUGUCCUGCUGUUUAUUUGACUUGAAAGCAUUGUGUAGUAUUCUUAAUCAGCGUGCUCAGGGCAAGGAGCCCAACCUUUCACUAUUACUGGGAAUCCGAUCAAUGAACUGUUCAGCUGAAGAGACCGAGAAUGACCACAGCCCAGAAACACUCACUAAAAAGCUGUCGGAUGUGUGCCAGUUACGCAGGGACAUUGACGAGUUAAGGACUACAAUAUCAGACCGCUACGCUCAGGACAUGGGAGACAGCUGCGUGACCCAGUGA